AUGGACUCUCAAAUUUUAAAAGAAAAGACUCUCGAUGCAGCAUUUCAAACUUUCCUUAAAAUAGUUCCUAAAACCACCACCUUCCAGGCAGCAUAUGAACUUCUUGCUUGGCUUCAAGACGACUCCCUAACAGUGCACGAGCGUACGAUUGCCAUUUACAUCUUACUAGAGAUCAGCAAGCAAUCAGAAAAUGCUUUUCUUUCUACAAUUGCAGAGCUCACUGACUUGUCUCCUUACCCUUGGGAAAAAUUACUUUUGCAGGACUGGCUUAGAUCAAGAGAAGUAGGCCGAAUGGCUCCUUCUGAUGUAGUCAAACUAACCGGCGAAGCCAAAGAGCUUGAUCAUAUAAAAAGAUCGAGAGCGGUAAGGCCUCUUGUUAAUGGAGGCAGCAAGGAUAAAUCAAAUUCUGUUCUUGGAAGAUAUGAGCCAGAAUUUCUGAGGCCAAUUCCAGAAUUUGUGGAAAUUUCGUCCAGCGAAACAAAAUGGCUGUCUCCAAUGACAGUCCCAGAAAUUCUUUGAGAUGAGCAUGAAUCUGAAAGCUCUAUAUAUGAAAAUAUCAGAGACCUCCUCAGAAUUUCGUUACAAUCCAAGCUAUCUCCAGAACAAACCAGCACAGUAAUAGCUGCAUUGGAACAAGAGCCAAAACUUGUGCUAAAAAGCGGUUUAAGCCACAAGAACUUGAGUGACUUAGUUAACAAAAACCCAGCCAUCGCUAUAGAAAUGAUAGUCAGAAUCGCAAAUUCCAGCAAAGUCCAAGACUACUUUGGAGAGCUCGUCCAAAUGCCUUUGAGCCUGAACUCUUUAGAAGUGGUUAAUAAGCUUGCAAUGAUAAUCGAGCUCCCUUUAGAAUUCCUACAUUUAUUUAUCUCAAAUUGCAUGAAUUCCUGCAAAAUGAUCAGAGACAAGUACACACAAACCAGGCUAGUCAGACUCCUUUGCGUUUUUAUAAACUCCUUACUAAAAAACAAACUUCUCGGCGCACAAGACCUGCUUGUUGAAAUUCAGCAUUUUAGUCAAGAAUUCACAUCAAUGAAAGAGGCGCAGGCUUUAUACAAGAGCUUGAGAUCAAUGAAUAAUAAUGAAUAG